AUGAUAGUACGGGGGGCGGUGGGUAUCUUGGAGUGGGAGAAGAGGUUGAGGUCUGUCGGGAGGUGGCAGGGAAGCUCCUUGGACUCAAUCCUUCCUAUCAUACACACCACCUGGCAGCUGCUACAGUCUUUCGAAGAAAUCCCCUUAUGCAGUGUCCUGGACCAGAUACAGGAGAAAUAUGAUCUGCAGAAGGUGAAGAAGGCGAUGGUGAGACCUGCUCUCUUCGCACACCUGUUUGGGAUACUAGCCCUCUUCCAGUCAGGACGCUUGGUAAAGGACCAGGAGGCCCUGAUGAAGUCGGUGAAGGUGUUGCAGGUCCUGGCCCACCAUCGCAACCACUUACAGGAGCAGCCCCAGAAGGCGCUGGUGGACAUCCUGACUGAGGUCCCAGAGGCCACGUUGAAGGAGAUCCUGCCUAAGGUGCUCAAGGACAACUUGACCAUGGUGCUCAGCUCCCCCGAGAGCCUGGAGCUCUUCCUCUUAGCCCGGCAGAAGGUGCCUGCGAGGCUGGAGAAGCUGCUGGGACCGGUCGACCUGUUCUCAGAUGAGAACAUCCCCAAGCUGGUGGAUGUGCUAAAGGUGGCCGCUUCGUCUGUGAAGAAGGAGCGCAAGCUGCCCGCCGUGGCUCUCGGCCUGCUGCGCCUGGCGCUUCAGGAGAACAAGUUCCCGAGGUUCUGGAAUGAGGUUCUGGAGCAAGGGCUACUGAAGAAGCAGUUCCCGCCCGCCAGCUUCCUGUGCUUCCGUCUGCUGGGGGCAGCCCUGCCUCUGCUGUCGGAGAAGCAGCUGCAGCUGGCAUUGCGGGGAGCCGUGGCCCAGCAAUAUGGGGAGCACCUGGUGAUUGCGAAGCUCCCGGAUCGGUUCAAGUUUGCCCCCGAGAUGGACGAGUACGUGAGUGCCUUCCUGGAAGGCACCCGGGAUGACCCGCAGCAGCAGCUGUCCAUGAUGGUGGCCUUCUCCUCCAUCACCAACCAGGGCCACCCAGUGGUGCCCACCUUCUGGCAGGUCAUCCGGUGCCUGAAUCCCCGCGCCCUCCAGGACUACGUGGCCUGGCUGCGGGACAUGUUUCUGCAGCCCACCCUGGACUCUCUGGUGGACUUCAGCACCCGUAACCAGAAGAAGCACCAGAACGCAUCCGUGAACUCGCCCGAGCGGGCUGUGUACCGGCUGCGGAAGUGGAUCAUCCUUCGCCUGGUCAGCAUCGUGGAGAACUCGCAGGUGGAGAAGGAAGCGGCCUUGGUCCAGGAGGUAGCCAGGUUCUGUUUGUUCCAUUCGUUCUUUGAAACCAAGAAGCCCACGUCCCAGAUCCCUGAGACUGAGCAGAAGAUCUCCUUCCCGCUGGAGAGCCGGACCCGGGAGAUGGUCUGCAGCGCCUUCUUCAGUCUGCUGCAGGCCCUCAGCACACAAUUCAAGCAGGUGCAGAGCCAGUCCCCCGACGGGCAGCCCUGGAUCUACCACCUGGUGCAGUUCGCAGACAACCUGCUGAAAAGCCGCAACGUGGUCCCCAUGACACCCUUCACCGAGCAGCAGCGCCAGGCCUGGGACCGGAUGCUGCAGACACACAAGGAGCUGGAAGCUCGCUCUUCAGAGGCCAAGGCCACUGCCUUCCAGCACCUGCUCCUCCUGGUGGGCAUUCACCUCUUUAAGACGCCCGCUGAGAGCUGCAGUGACCUGGCCGACAUCCAGGCCUGCAUCCAGAAGAGCCUGGGCGGGAAGCCACGCCGCACGCGCUCCAAGGCCGCUGAUGCCCAGGAGCCUCCAUGGGUGGAGGUGAUGGUGGAGAUCCUGCUGGCCCUGCUGGCCCAGACAAGCCACCUGAUGCGCCAGGUGGCUCGAAGUGUGUUUGGCCACAUCUGCUCCCACCUGACUCCGCGUGCCCUGCAGCUGAUCCUGGAUGUGCUGAACCCAGACAAGGUCCAGGAUGAGGAGGACAGCGUGGUGGUCACUGAUGAUGCGGACGAGAAACAGCGCAAGACGAAGGCCCCCAAGAACGGGAGUGAGGAUGGCUCGGCGAGUGAGGCGGAGGGGGAGGAGAGCAGCCAGGAGGAGGAGGAAGAAGAGGAAGAGAGCGACGAGGAGGCCCGAGACGAUGACGUGGACCAGGGCUUCCGGGAGCAGCUGAUGGCGGUGCUGCAGGCGGGGAAGGCGCUGGGCGGGGAGGACAGCGAGGACGAGGAGCUGGGGGACGAGGCCAUGAUGGCCCUGGACCAGAACCUCGCCAGCCUCUUCGCCGAGCAGAAGCUGCGCAUGCAAGCCAAGCAGGACGAGAAGAACAGACUGCAGAAGGAGAAAACGCUCCGGCGGGACUUUCAGAUCAAGGUGCUGGACCUGAUCGAGGUGCUGGUGAGCAAGCAUCCCGAGAGCCCGCUGGCCCUGGAGCUGAUCGAGCCUCUGCUGACCAUCAUCCGCCGCAGCAUGCGCACCAGCAGCUCCAAGCAGGAGCAGGACCUGCUGCACAAGACGGCCCGCAUCUUCACGCACCACCUUUGCCGCAACCGGCACUAUUGCCACGACAUCGGCAACCACGUGCAGGCGCUGCACGCCCAGGUGGAGCGGCUGGUACAGCAGGCCGGCCACCAGGCUGACUCCUCCGUGGCUCUCUACUACUUCAACGCUUCCCUCUACGUGCUCCGGGUCUUAAAGGGCAACACCGCCAGUGCCCCGCCCACCAAGACCCCGAAGAAGCAGAAAGCCAAGGCCACGGUUCCAGAGGCGACCAGCUGCCUGGACUUGAAGCGUGUGACCCCAGUGUACUCCUCCGCCCUGAGUGCCUUCCUGACCAAGCGCAACAGCCCCCUCAGCAUCCCCAUGUUCCUCAGCCUCUUCUACCGGCACCCUGUGCUCUGUAAGAACCUGCUCCCUGUCAUGAUGCAGCACGUGACUGGCCCCACACGGCCCCGCCAGCAGAGCCAGGCCUGCCUGCUGCUGCAGAAGGCGUUGUCCAUGGGAGAGCUGAGACGGGCCUUCGAGGGCUGUGAGUGGGAGCAGCUCAUUGCCCAAGUCCUGGGGAAGGUCACUGAGAACCUGUGCACGCUGGGGAAGGCGCAGGCCAAGGCAGAGCAGCAGGGGGAGCUGGCUGCCCUGGAGCUGCUCAUCAUCCUCCUCAAGGCCAUCCACUACCAGAAGCUGACCGUGGACCUGACCCCCAUCCUGACCCUGCUGCAGGGACUGCAGCCGACCCUCCAGCAGAGCCUCCAGCAGGGAGCGCACCCGGCCGGGUCCAGCCGCCUCUAUGACCUCUACUGGCAGGCCAUGAAGCUCCUGGGAGUCCAGCGCCCCAAAUCUGAGAAGAAGGAUGCCAAGGAAAACCCCAGUGACUCCCAGGGCCCCAUUAGCAUGAAACGGAAGAAAAAGGGGUUCUUGCCGGAGACCAAGAAGCGCAAGAAGCGCAAGCCGGAAGAGGCUGCAGAGCCAGCAGCCAAGCAGGCUGCCGAUGGCGAGAACCAGCCCCCCACCCCCAGCUCGGGCAAGAAGAGGAGACGGCGACACAGGGCAAAGUCCAAGGCCUCAGCCCAGAGCCAGGCCAGCGGGGAGCCUGCCGCCAAGGGCCCCAAGCCCGGCACCCCCAGCGCAAGCCCUGGCCCCUCUGCCACCCCCACAGCGAGCUCCAGCACCCCUGCCAAGACCCCAAAGCUGCAGAAGAAACGGCAGAAGCUGUCGCAGGUGAACGGAGAUGCGCCCACAGAGCCCGCCGGCAAGAAGCUUCAGGAGGGGGUCCCGGACAAGUCACCGCAGCCCACCCCGCCACGGAAGAAGACAAAGCUGCCUUUGGCCAACGGGAGCCCCAGCCCCAGUGUCCUCCGGAGUGGCACCAAGAGGAAUAAGGUGCCCCCAAAGAAGGGGGCUAAUUAAGUCCCGGGACAGCCAUUCCAUCAGCCCUAGAGACUCCGUCUUUUUACAUCAUAGUUUUAAUAAACAAGCUGAAAUCCA